GUGUUCUACGAGAUUGGCGCAGUCCGUCCCCUGAUCCGAGUGGCCAGCUCCUCCUGUAACCCCACUGCCGUCAGGUUCGCUGUCCAAGCGCUGACCAUCAUCGGAGAGGAGAUCCCGUCCAAACUGUCCUUGUCUGUACCCACCUGGUCAACUGAUGACGUCCUCACUUGGCUCAAGCAGAUCGGAUUUGGUGGAUUCAGGGAUGCCUUCAAGGACAGUCAGGUUGACGGAGACCUUCUGUUGCUGCUAACUGAUGAACAACUAAGGGAUGAUAUCAGCAUGUCCAACAGUCUUAUCAGGAAAAGGUUUCUAAGAGAACUCGUGGAGCUGAAGACCAGUGCAGACUACUCUAGUUGUGACUCGACCAAGCUCCGACGUUGGCUGAGGAGGGUGGGGCCCGAGUACAUGCAGUACACCUAUCACAUGGUGCAUUGUGGGAUUGAUCGAACCACGCUGGAGUGGCUCACAGAAGACCACCUACUAGAGGAUUGUGGGAUAGUCAACGGUGUUCAUCGCAUGAAAAUUCAAAAUGCCAUAAAAGCUGGAUCUCGUUUGUUCCCGCUGUCCUCAGAGACAUCCAGCCCAUCAAAGGAGAACAUUGCACCCAAACUAGAUGUUUUCAUAAGCUACAGAAGGGCGACUGGGUCACAAUUAGCAAGCUUGUUGAAGGUCCACCUUCAGCUAAGAGGGUUCAAUGUCUUCAUUGAUGUUGAGAAGCUGGAAGCAGGAAAGUUUGACAACAAGCUUCUGGAGAAUGUCAAGAAAGCCAAGAACUUCAUCCUUGUACUGACACCAGAUGCCCUUGAUCGAUGCAUCACGGACACAGAAGGAAAGGACUGGGUGAGAAAGGAGAUUGUUGCGGCCAUUGAGAGCAGCUGCAAUAUUGUUCCUGUCAUGUCAUCGUUCUCAUGGCCCACACCAGAAGAAUUGCCAGAAGACAUGAGGGCAGUGUGCUACUUCAAUGGUAUCAAGUGGAUCCAUGAUUACCAAGACGCCUGCAUCGAUAAGCUGGAGAGGUUCCUGCGAGGAGAAGACAUGUCUAAGAGGGGGCGGCUCAGCAAGAUGAGCAGUAAAGACGAAGAAGUGUUUGAUACUCCACGGUACCGUCUCCACAGGAUGGGCAGCAGUGAUAGCAUAUGAGGGGAAUGUCAAUAGUUGGAUGAGUGAUGACGGAUCAUUCAUCAUCUGUCAAGGCGCAUGCAUGAUUGUACACUGUGCUAGUACUGCUGUUAUGGUCCAUGGUUUACUGGCAAUGAUGAUGGGGUAGCGUCUCUUAUAUAUGGGGCUUGGAACAUGAUGUGAAAGCCAAAAGAUGAUAGUUACAAUGUGGCUUUCUUUCUGGUCAUUCAUCCAUUCACUCUUCAGGCCCCAUCAUUUUUUAUUUGUUCAGGGUCUCAGAUUUAACAUGAACGACAAUGAAAUAAGAAUCAGCAUGAGAGUUCUUGUCUUGGUGCACUCUGUUUUAGGAGUUAGUGCUAUCAGAUUCAAAGUUUCCUCCCAGCCUAAUUUUCACGAUGUCCUGUUGAUACCAAGGAAAUAUAUUGCGUCACGUAAUGCAUCACGGAUUGGAUCAACAUUACACACACUCAAGUUGACUGCAUGCCUACAUUUUCUCCUUGGAAGGAGCCGAGGCUUAGACUGGCAGUAAUUGCAAUAGAGAUUAGAUAUACUAAUUCUGCUGGAAGUCAGCAUUUACAUUGCAGAGAUUAAUUACUGUGUGUAUUUCCUUUUACUAUAGUCUUCAAUCCCCUGGCUUUUCACCUUGUUCACUUUGCACGAACAGCAAAGUCAUACAGGAUAGGAUCAGGGCAUAGGACAGGAUACAAUAGGAUAAAAAGUUUGUGUGAGCAUUCAAUAACAACAUUUCUUUGUCAGAAAUUGAUGAAGCAAUGAAUGCACAAAGAAUUGGACGCAAAAAUCAUAUCAUUGACAGAUAUUUUAUUAACUAGAAAUAGGCACUCUAUUAUACCACAAACAACUGUUACUGAAAAAUAGUACACAAGAAAUUAGAUUACUAUAUCUAUGCCUAUAACUGGACCUGGUGACAUCCUGCAAUUUCAUUUCAUUGAUAGAUAAAUCUAAUGUUUUUGUGAUAUCAUUCUCCUAGAUAAGUUUUUGACAUAAAAAUGUUCAUUUUUGUAUAACGCUUGUUACAGUCAAACCUGUAGUAGCAGCCAUCUUUUCAGAGCGGCCACCUGGCCAUAGUGGCCACUUUUUGUCAGUCCCUUGAAUUUUUCCCAUAGAUCUAAGCCUAUAGGGGCCACCUCUCCAAAUUGGUCGUGGUCACACAAUUUCUGGUCCUGUAGAUACAGAAACACUAAACAGCAAAGGCGAACGGACGGCCACGAGUCCAGGCACACGUCUGGCUCUACAACGCCAUAUCAUCAACCUGCACUGGGUUUAAAAUCCUAAUUUCAAAACGAAAUGGCCUAGCCCAACAAAACCAUGGUUUGCAAAGUUUUUGAGUUUCUGAACACUCAGGUGAUCAAUCACUUUUUGUGGUGCGACGGGAGGUAUGGCAUACCUUGAACAAUAACUGUACGUCAACUGUUAAGUAAGGGUGCAAGUCUUUGUCUGCAAAUAUACAAGAGCUGUAAUUGCGAUUUCAAUCAUUCUAGGUAGAUUUGAUUUUGGCAUGGUCACUCAAAUUUUAAGUCAAUUGGGACAAUCUUUUUGGUGAAGGUUCACAGAGAUACUAGUAUUGGCCAGUUUGCAUUGAGUUUUGAUGGCUGCAAGCACGAAAACAACAAAUUAAAAAUGGUGGCACAAUCAAGGUCAUGAGGGCCAUUGGCAGAGUUUAAUUUACUAUGCAGAGAAUAUGUGAAUUAAGGUUAUUGGAUAUUGAAAUCAUAAAAUUGAUGUAACUUAUUGCUCGUGGUCAAUUAAUCAGCAUUUCCUCUAUGCAGGUGGCCAUCCCUCUAUAGUGGCCAGUUUAGGCCAGUCCCUUGAGUGACCACUAUAGACAGGUUUGACUGUAGUACAUGUAUGUCAAUAUUAAUUGUGUGUUUUUGCCGUCCAGUAAUGAAGUAGUUAAGAGCAUUUGAUUGACAGUUGUUGUUUUUUUCAAUUUGGCACAUUGAGUCUCAUUUGUUAAUCAGUAAGGUAAUCAUUUUUAAGUGAAACACCAGUCUGUUGAUUUAAACUAUCAUCAUGGCACAACUGCUAGCAACAAGAAAAACUAUAAUUAAUAUGUGUAACAAUGAACUUACCACGUUACACAACAGAAUCAACAAUAUACAAUCAAUAGAUUGCCUGUCAAAAGCCUGGGCGUCAAAACUACAGGCACUACAGUUUAGGAAAAAACUAAAUUUUACAUGAUUGCACACAAAAUUGUACAUUAUUCCAUGAUUGCAAUUAACAAUACCAACAACGACACAACUGAUAGUGUAUUAAAUGUAUAAACAUCAGAUUAGAUAGCAUAACACUCAAAUACAAUGUAUUAAGUAUAUAAAGAUAAAUAUGUAUGAUUAGAAAUAACUAUAAUUGUCUUUAAGUGUCAAUAUCAAUGCCUUAGUUUUAGUUUCAGUAGAAUGACAUGAAUUAUGAAAUAUAAUUUUUAUGUGAUUGAGCAGUGACAGUAACAUUCUGUAGCUUAAUUCUAUGCAAGUUUGUCUGCUUUUGUGUUUAAUGUACAUUGUAUUAGAUGAUAACAGCAAACAGGAAGAAAGUGAGUAAAUAACUUACAGUGUUAUUUAGAUAUUUCCAGCUAUGACUAUUUGCUGCAAAUAUUAGAGAAAUGUGUUGUAUGAAAUGUAUCCAAUUGUGAAGGAGGCAAAUGACUUUAGUUAGACUUAGUUUACCAUGUGGAAUAAUAUUGCUGUUGCAAGCUCGA